CUCGCGCACACAGAGCAAGUACCACCACCACACACAAAGUCCUUUUUAUUUUUCUCUCCCCUUCCCUUUUUCCCUUGCUUUCCACGCACAGCCUGCUGCUACCCAAUCCGCCCCCCACACAAACACACCACACACACCCUCCUCACCUCUCAGGUUUCGUGUCUCCUCUUUGCCUGAGCUUCCCAGACCUGAACAUCAUCGUCACAAAAUCCAAACACCUGGCCUUCUCUCGUCCUACAACCUUUUCCGCCUUUAUAUCUCAAGAACUGCCCACAUCUCUAGCUUCUGCCAGAGCUACUCGCUACCUCCUACUUGACGCAAACAAGCAAAACACCUACCUCAACCCCACGCAAGCUUCGAUUUCUUGAAACGCCCGUAGCUUUCCCACGAAGUCCCGCCAUCACACGACAUCUCUUCCCCGACCGCCACCCUUUCUCCUUUCCUCCAAACACAACACCAACAUACACACACACACACAUACACACACACACAUCUUCGUUGCCAUCUCUCGCAAUGUCUGACUUCCCGGACGCGCCCACCUCCGCUCCAUCGGCCAACGGCAGCACCUACAUCCAGGCAACCAAGGAGAACGCUGCCGCUGCCUACCAGCAGGUUUCAAACGGCCCCGUCGCCCAGAGUGUCAAGGACCAGUCCGCAAAGACUUCCGACGAGCUCGGUAACCUUGCUGCCGCUCGCAGAACGCCCUCCAACCCUGCUGCCACCGGCCAGCCCCUGACUCACUACCAUUCUUUCUUCUUCGAGCUUAUCUCGUGGAACAACCCUCGUGCUUCGGCAAUUGCCUACAGCUCCAUCGUCACCCUCAUCUUCGCCGCCCGUUAUCUCGAUGUCCUGCGAUACAGCCUGAAGCUCACCUGGAUGGUGCUCGGCACCACUGUCCUUGCCGAGCUCGCCGGCAAGCUUGUCCUCAACAACGGCCUCGCUUCCCAGCUUCGCCCCAGACGCUACUACGUCAUCCCUAGAGAGACGCUCGAUGCCGCCAUAGGAGACGUUCACGAGCUCAUCAACUUCUUUGUGAUUGAGGCUCAGCGCAUCGUCUUUGCUGAGAACGUUGGUGCUUCUGCUGCUGCCUUCAUCGGUGCCUUCAUCGCCUACUACCUCGUCAAGAUCGUUCCCUUCUGGGGCCUUUCUCUCAUCGCCACCACUGCUCUUUUCAUGGUUCCCCUCCUGUACACCUCCAACCAGGAGCUUAUCGACGCCCAGCUCAACCGCGCCGGCGAGCUGAUUGGCCAGCAGACAAGCCAGUUCCGCAGUGUCGCCAGCAAGCACACUGCCGAGGCCACCAACAUCACCAAGCAGUACAUGGGCGACUACACCGCCAAGGCUCAGCAGUUGCUCGGCCGCCGUUCCGCUUCUCCUGAGGCUGCCCGCGCCCCGGCCCCCCAAACCCAGACUCCUGCCGAUAUCCGCCCCUCUGUUGAGGAGGAUGACUUUCCUGCUCCUCCCAAGGCCGACUUCCAGUCCGAGCCGGUUGUCCCGGCCGCCGAGGAGAAGACCCCUAUGGUUGCCUCCUAAAGGUUUCGUUCGAUUGGUUUUCUGAGCGUACACAGGCGAGUAAGACAUACAACUGUAUAUCGCUCGCUUGACGACGACAACGGAACGACUCAUGACGAACACGAACAAGAUCACACACACCACCUUUCUCUCUACGACUUUACUGGCGUGGUCUGGUUUGCGGGUUGGUUCUGGCAAGGAGUUUAGUUGCACAUAGUCAGCAACGAAAAGGAUAAUAUCAGAAACUGUCUCCAAGCGGAGGCAAGGGACAUGGAACGAAUUAUCGUGUACGCAUGUAGUGUAUUGGCUUUUGCUUUUUACUUCUCUCUUCAUGGCACACACGGCUUUGGCGAAAGGGGGAUCAUCAGAUUGUCUAGGGGACGCAGAGUAACGAGUUAUUUCCACACCAAACCGUGUACACCCCUUGUGCGUGAGAUAUCAACCCACUCCCGAGUAAACUCAUGAACCCAACGUGACUUACUAAUUCAGUGAGGCGCUGCGGUGCGUCUCAAACGUGAC